AUGUCCGAGCAACAAGACAAAACCGCGCCUCCCGCCCCCGAAGCCGUUGAGAACAAGGCCGUUGAACCGACCACCGAGACCACGGCUGCUCCCGCACCCGUUCCAGAGGCUCAGCCCGAGCAGAAGGAGGCCGUUCCCACGGAGCAACCCUCGACCACCGCUCCUGCCGCCGAGGCUGCCCCCGAAGCUGCUCCCGAGGCCACGGAGCCCGCUGCGGCCGCUGCUGCGCCGGAAGAGCAGACCAAGGAUGACAAGCCCGUCGCCGAUGAGAAGCCCGAAUACCUUGCAAAUAACCCUGCCCUGAGCCAGUUCUUCGACCGUCUCCCUUCCAUCCUGUCCAGCUCUGGCCAUGAGGAGAUGUGGGGUGUCCCGCUCAAGAAUGAUUCCACUGACGCUCCCACGGUGAACGUGCUGAUAAAGUUCCUGCGGGCUAACGAGGGCAAUGCGAAGCUGGCGGAGGAGCAGCUGACCAAGGCGCUGCAGUGGCGCAAGCAGAUGAACCCAUCUGAGUUGGUGGAAUCGGGCCGUUUCAAUGCUAGCAAGUUCGGUGGGUUGGGAUACCUGACGACGUAUCAGGAGGCGGAUGGCAAGGAGUUGGUCGUGACUUGGAACAUUUAUGGUGCUGUCAAGAGCAUCGAUGACACCUUCGGGGAUAUGGAUGAGUUCGUCAAGUGGCGUGUUGCGCUGAUGGAGCUGGCCGUCCAGGAGCUCAAGCUGGCCCAGGCUACGUCGGUGUUGGACUACGAUGGCGAGGACCCCUACCAGAUGGUCCAGGUUCACGACUACUUGAACCUCAGCUUCUUGCGACUGAACCCCAACCUCCGUGCCGCCACUAAGAAGACUAUUGACGUGUUCACCACCGCGUAUCCCGAGCUGCUGCGGGAGAAGUUCUUCGUGAACGUGCCGACCAUCAUGGGUUGGAUGUUCGCGGCCAUGAAGGUCUUCCUGAGCAAGAACACCACUCGCAAGUUCCACCCCAUCUCCAACGGCGCCAACCUGGCCCGCGAGUUCAAAGCGCCCGUGAAGGAGAGUCUUCCCAAGGCCUAUGGCGGAAACGGCCCUGCCCUGCAGGAAUCUGCACGGACUGUGAAGCUGGAGGAGUCCGCCCCUGCCCCCGCCGAGGCCCCGGCUCAGGAGGCUGAGGUUCCCAAGGAAGAGCCCAAGCAGGAGGAACCGCCCAAGGCCGAGGCAGCUGUCACGGCUCAGGAAACCCCGGUUGCCGGCGAAGCCAAAUAG